GCGGUUGCAAGUUAAACAAAUAGAUACAGAUUCAGUAAACCUUAUUCAUCAUCCAACAAUUAAGUGAUCAUGUUGUCUAUGAGAUUAAUCUGUUUUUUGGCAUUCAUUGUCUUGAUGAUCUCAACAAAUGUCGAUGCCGCUUACAAAAAAUUACCUUUAAAUGGAUCCAUGUUUGGAAAGAGAGGAACAUCAGUCGAAUAUGAGUCAACAGCACAAAAGACAUUAGUUGCUUUAUGUGAUGUCUGCUCAUCAUACUUUGUCAAUCAAGAUGUUAACUACACUUCUAAAGAAUUUAUCGAAGGAUACAAAAUUAUUGUCAACAAUCGAGUUACUCAAUUGGGAUUCAGGCUAAGUCCUAAUGUUGAAGUUUAUGCUAUAUUAAGCUCUAGUGAAGCAGGUGAUUAG